AUGACGGAAACUACAUCGAUUCCCGAAGCGACCCAGGCCGACAAGCCCCUGGGCAAGCAGUGGCAUGCGCCGAAAAAGGCCUUUCGCCCGACCGCAGGCCUCACAUCGUACGAGAAGCGCACCAAGGAGCGCGCCUUGAUGGCGCAGAUGAAGGCCAAGGAGAAUGAGAUGAAGGCGGAGAAGAAGGCAGAGCGCCAGCGCAAGGUUGACGCGAUCCGCGAGAAGCGAGCAAAGAAGGAGGAGAAGGAGCGAUACGAGAAGCUGGCCGAGAAGAUGCACAAGAAGCGCAUCGAGCGCCUGAAGCGCAAGGAGAAGCGCAACAAGCUGAUCAACUCGUGA